CUUGAGCGCCAACCACCGUUUUUCCCCCCUUCCUCCACCUCCGUCUGGGUCUCCUCACACCAAGAAACACACACGCGGCAGAGAGACAAUCCAUUCCAAUAUACAAACAGGACGGCAGGACACAGCCUUCGCGUGCCAACGAUGGGGCAGCAGGAGGAAGUAGCGGCCGUGCAGAAGCCGCCGGCCGCCGCCGUGGUCUUCACGUGGGAGCCUGUCGUCACCGUCACCGCCAAAAGGCCGGAAGGCGGCGUCGGGGACACCACCGCCGUCAUCACGCCGGCGGGGAGCCCGACGACGAAGGCGGCGCGGCGGCUCGCGGUGCCGCCGCCGCCGGGCCGGGCCGCGGCGAGGAGCCUGUCGUCGAGGGCCGGCGGCCGCGCCGUGCGGCCGGAGGACGACCCGUUCCUGGCCGCGUACCUGGCGUGCACCAAGAGCGGCAGCAGAGGAGGAGGAGGGGGCGGGGACGCCGGUGGCACCGGCACCGGCACCGGCACCGGCGCGCCGAGGCAGAGGCAGGGCUGGAGCCGGUUCGCGUGGGCGCGCCUCGGCCUUUCCUGCAAGAGCUCCGCCGGCGCCGUCGAGCGGAGCAUGGUGAAGCUGGCCAAACGGCCGGAGGCGGUGGACCCUAGAGAUGCUUGAAAUCCACUCACUGCCCGCGGCCUGUUGGCCUGCUCGUCUUCUCUGCUUCGAUCUUCUAGUGCGUCUUGUCAUGUUCAGUUCUAGCUGCUGGUCUUCCUCCUCCUCUUCUUUUUUUCUCUUCUUCUUUCGGUGUCAAGCUUGAAUUAGCGAGGGCUAGCUAUGCGUGGUGAUGGAAUUUGAGAAUCACUCUGUGAAUGAAUGAAAAAAAGGAGACAUAUUUUAGCGCA